CUGUUCGCCCUGCAGACGGAGAGUCGGGACCCGAGGGACGGAGACGAGAUGGUCCACCACAAGCUGCCGCCAUACGUCCAGAACAUGGACCGACUGGGAGACACUGAGCUGGACUUGGUGUCGAGUCAGCGAGCCGUGAGCUCCGUCACCACUCCUCCCAGAAACUUCUUCUCAUUCCUACCACAAGGCCGACGCACUCCAGGAAAACCGCCUCAGGUGUCCACCGGUUCCUCUCCGAACCAGGCGGCAGUCGGGAGGAAGGACCCAUCGACCAAUCAGCCUCCAAAGUCUAAGGAGGUGGUCCAAGCUAAAGACGUGAAGCCGACUUCCAGCCAGCCAUCGACCAGUGAACCAGCAGGUUCCCAGCAGCCUACGAACCAGUCGGCGAACCAGAAUCCCAGACACAAAAGAAUCCAGGACCAUGAGAAGGAGAGGAAGGAGCUUUUCUCCAAACCUCCACUACAGACUCAAGAGAAAAAAGUGGAGUCGAUGGAGGCCGAACCUCCUGCCGAACCUCCCAGUGACCUUCCGGACCCCUCAGCAGCAGAGGGAGGAGGCCUGUCGACGGAACAGCCCUUCAUUAAGCUGAGCCAGGAGGAGUACGGAGAACAUCACUCGUCCAUCAUGCACUGCAGGGUCGACUGUUCCGGUCGCCGGGUCGCCAGUUUGGACGUGGACGGAGUCAUCAAGGUUUGGUCCUUCAAUCCCAUCAUGCAGACCAAAGCCACCAUCAUGUCCAAGUCUCCUCUGCUGUCUCUGGAGUGGGCGACCAAACCGGACCGGCUGCUGUUACUGGGCAGCGGCGUCGGAACGGUUCGACUGUAUGAUACGGAUGCAAAGAAGAAUCUGUACGAGAUGAACAUCGAUGAGACUCAUCCGCGCAUCUUGUCUUUAGCCUGCAGCCCCAGCGGAUCCUCCUUCGUGUGUUCGGCUGCAGCGCUCAGUCGAUCCGGAACCGUCUCCGGUCAGCUGCUGCUCUGGGACACGAAGACGGUCAAACAGCAGCUUCAGUUCUCUUUAGAACCUGAACCUGUCGCCAUCAACUGCACGGCCUUCAACCACAACGGGAACCUGCUGGUGACCGGCGCCGCCGACGGGAUGAUCCGACUGUUCGAUAUGCAGCGAUACGAGAGCGCGAUGAGCUGGAGAGCUCACGAUGGAGAAGUUUACAGCGUCGAGUUCAGCUACGAUGAAAACACCGUGUUCAGCAUCGGCGAGGACGGGAAGUUCAUCCAGUGGAACAUCCACCGCUGUGGAGUGAAGCAGUCGGAGCAGAUGUUACCCCAAGACGCCACCGGACCCUUCGUCCUGUCGGGAUACAGCGGAUACAAACAGGUUCAGGUUCCUCGAGGUCGACUCUUCGCCUUCGACUCUGAAGGUCAACAUGUUCUGACGUGUUCCAGCUCCGGAGGCCUCAUCUACAGACUGACCAAUGGGGAUCCAGCUCUGGACAGAGUCCUGUCGCUGGGCGGACACAAGGCACCUGUGGUGACGGUUGAUUGGUGCUCGGCGGUGGACUGCGGCACCUGUCUGACGGCGUCGAUGGACGGGAAGAUCAAACUGAGCACGCUCCUGGCUCAGAAGUCCUGACGGAGGAAACUGAUCGAUUAGUCAGGAACCGGAUCGAUAAACCGUCUGUCUCAUGAACCAACAGCAGAAACUCAUCCUGUUAAAUUCAGAUCAUCAUUAAAAUCUCACUGAAAGUUA